AUGCCGUCGUUAUCGCUACUGAGACGAGGCACCAAGCACGACCAGCAACGGCCGAUAUCACCGCAAAAGCAGCAGCAGCAACGCCACCAGCUUUCGCAGCUGUCACCGCGACACGAAGAUGGGAUGGAAGCCGGACCUCAAGAACAACAACCGGGCUCGUCCGGGACCGGGGGGGCCGGCGAGCGGGAGCGGGAGCGCAAAUUCUCCAAACGGGACCUCUUUGGGGGGUUGCUGAAUCGCAGCAAGGGCCGGGGCAGCAGCAGCAGCAGCGCGUCGACGCCUGCAUCGUCGACAAAGUCUGGGCGGGGAACCGGCGCCGAGUCGCCAACGAAGUUUCCUGCAAGGUCCCUGAAGUGGGCGCAUCGGUCCAACGCCUGGGCUUUGGUCUCGCUCCAACUCCACCCCGAUGCUCCGAUGUCCCAAUGUUCACAGCUGAAGAUGAGGGAGUCCUCAGAAUAG